CAAUCCAUCCCAAAUCCCCACGAUUUGGGAGGAUUCCCUUGGGAUUCCCUCCGAUUCUCCCUUAUCCCUUCCCAUCCUCUCCGAUGCUCGGUACUUAAGGAUGUAUGCUCUUGCUCAUUUUAAUCAAUCAAGUUCUCAGUUUCUGAUAUGGUAUCAGAGCUCGUUUCCGCCUAAGCGGCUCUUGAUCCUCUCGCUCCGUUGGAGCCUAGCAUUUGCGUCUUACGACGCAAAGCUUUUCUAGUCGCCUCAACUCAGCGCGGCGCUUCUUAUCGGGCUGAGCCCCUAUCGGCGACUUAAGAGCUGCGCUACGCGCGGAGAAAGGGUCCUUGGAGCAUCAUGGCAUAUCCUUCCGCGUCUCUCUCAAACCCGAUCACUCCCUUACGCCUCGACCCAAAUGGCUCAAGCCCUAACUUCAAGGAGUGGAGCUAUGGGGUUGAUAAGCAUCUCCUAAGCCGCAAAAUUGAGGGGAUUUGCCUCAAGGAUGUCCUCCUCAAUCGCGGCAAAGGAAAGAUGCCGAUCCUUCCCAAGAAGCUCUCGGCCACAGCCACAGGGGAAGAGUUAAAAACCCAUGAGGAAUCCAUGUCCAAGUAUGAGGAAUCUUACAGCGUGUGGGAGCAAGCCGACGCCGCUAUCAUUGGCGUCUUCGUCGGCACUACCCCUUCCGAGCUCGUCAAAACUUACCAUAACUACCCCUCCGCGCACGCCAUCUGGGAGUACCUCAACGACCGCUUCCUCAACAAAACCGCUGUGGGGGUGGCGAUCCUCAUCCCCCGCAUGUUUCAAGAACGUCGCACCCACGGCGGCAAAUUUGCACCCAAAGCUCAACCCUGUGUCUACCUCGGCCACAACCUGGACUCUCCCGAUUACCUUUUCCUCAAUCUCUCCACCAAUCAGCUCAUUCGCAGCCGCGAUGUCGCCUUUGACGAGAGUCGCCCUUUUUACCUCUCUUCACCACCCCCCACCGCUCCACCUUCGCUUGUGUGGGCCGAUUUCGAUACUUCACCCACCCCACCUCCUCCCUCUGCUGCUCCUGCGGCCCCCUCACUCUCACCUUCCCCAUCUCCUUCCACUCUCUCUCACCCCUCUUCGCCCACUGGCUCAGUUGCCCGUUCACCUCCGCCCGCGCCUGCACUUCCCCCUGCACCCGCUCCUGCAGCUGCCCCUCCACCUCCCUCUCCUUCUGUGGCUCCCCCUGCCCCCGCGCCUCCCUCCCCGCCUUCACCUCCGCUUCCGCCUCCAACCUCCACCUCUCCUCCCGACUCGCCCAUCACCUAUCGGGAUCUCCCCGAGGACAUCUACAUGGAACGUCCUCAAGGAUUUCCCUUACCCUUUCCACCCGGCACGGUCUGGAAGCUGAAUCGACCAGUCUACGGGUUGAAGCAGGCUCCUCGGGAAUGGCACAAGAAGCUGAAAGCAACCCUCGAGUCACUCGACUUCCACCCCUCCUCAGCCGAUCCGAGUCUCUUCAUUCGCAAGAACGACAGCCCGUUCUUCAUCCUUGUCUACGUUGACGACAUGAUUCUCGUCUCCAAGGACUCCGAUCAGCUGGCAGCUUGUGCUCUCGCGUUACGUUGCUGCCGGUCGAUACACCAAUCGCCACUGGUCGGCUGCUAAGCGCGUCCUUCGCUACCUCCAAGCCACCAAGGACUACGUCCUCACUUUCGGUGGCACGACCCCUCCUCACCUCGAGGGAUACAGCGACUCCUCAUGGGCUGAUGAUCAAGCUGA